GAAAGACGAAUGUAUAAGCUCGCGAUGCUGCAAGGCCUGAAUCUUUCCCGAAAAUCUUCUGUUUUCAUUACUGUGAAUAUUUUAUCUUUGAUAUUGUUAUACCUAUAUUACACCAAGGGGUAUGACAUGUUAAAAAUUGAUAGCUUUUGGAAAUCAAGCGAAAGGAGCGACAGGAUACCGUAUAAAAAAUUCCUGGUGACAUUCCCUGCAUUGCAAAACUUUAAACUUGAAGACAAUAUUGGUGGAGAAUUUGGUCUAUUUCCGCUUGCUGAAAACUAUAUUGCGCUGCUCAAUAUUUCAAACUUCAGUAUUCCUAAAGCUUUCUUGCCUGCCAUGACUGAACAAGAAAAAUUGGUGUCUCUGUACGUUUUCCAACAUUUUAUCAAUGGUUGUAACAAGAAUAAUAUCUCUUUCUUCAUCCAAGGUGGCACUUUGUUAGGAGCCUAUCGUCAUCAUGGCUAUAUACCGUGGGAUGAUGACAUCGACGUCUACGUGGAUCAUGAAGACAAGCAAAAAUUAUACAACUUGAGUUCUAUGGGACAAGGUUUCAAUAUAUGCAGCUACGAACAUUUUCAGUGGAAAUUUUACAAUUCACAUACACCUGCCCUAUUAAAUUAUAAAUAUCGAUGGCCGUUUAUCGAUAUAUUUUUCUAUCAAGUAUCUAAUGGUUUUGUCUAUGACGUUACAUACAAGUCAAGAAAGCGCAAAUUUAACUACCAUGAUGUAUUUCCUUUAAAGGGUCUUGCUUUUGAAGGGGCUUUUUUACCUGCGCCGUGUAAUGUUUUAAAAAGCAUAAAUUCUUGGAAAGGUGCGAAUCAAAGUUUCUGUUACUCAGGUUCCUAUGCCCAUAAAAUAGAAAGCAGUAAAAAAAAAUCCUACAUAGAAUCAAUAGCAUGUAAUGAUUUAUAUCCAGUAUACCCGUUUGUUUUCCGUUCCUCCUCCAAUAGUUCAAAUGUGACUCAAGUUGAACAGUUAAAACUAGGCAACACAGUUUUGCAUACACUGGUUGUAAAUAGUAGUUGCUCAUACAAUUUUCGCAAUUCAACGUUACGACUAUAAGAAAAUCAUUGUUA